AAAUUUAAGACAAGAAAAUACGUGGCCUUAAGAUUCAUGUUCAGAUCUUCUGUGCCUUGUUUUCGCUUGCCAUCGCCACCAAAGUCGACUACUCGGGGCAUAUGGUAAUUCGAGUAGUCCCGCAGACAGAGGAGCAGGUGAAAUUUUUAAGCGCUUUGGAAUCAAGCAGCUCUAUCGAUUUCUGGACACGCUCAGUCGCCGCUAAUCGAUUCACCGACAUUCACGUCAGUCCCGAAUCAUACAAUCGUGUUGCACGAGCUUUGCUUGAACAUGGCAUGAACCACAAAAUUCAUAUUGCUAACCUGGGCGUAUUGGGAAAAGAAGAACAGCAGAGCAUCGCUCUUCGCCGAGCACUUGCCAGUAACAACAAGGCCAUCGACGUGGAAAACUAUCACACCUACGAGGAGAUCAUGGCUUACUUGGCCGAUUUGGCUAGCACCAACCCAUUGGUAUCUACAUUGGUAGCAGGUACCAGUGUCGAAGGCCGUCAAAUCGUUCAGGGACCGACCAUCAGUAGCGAUCGUUCUGCUAACAAACCGAUUGCUUGGUUUGAUUGCAUCAUUCACGCCAGGGAAUGGAUCACUGCGGCUACUUGCGUCUGGAUCAUCGAUACGAUCACCAGUGGAUAUGCUGGAACUGACGCCGAGAUCACUGCGCUCGUUGAUCAAUACGACUGGAAGUUUGUGCCUGUUGCUAAUCCGGACGGCUACGCCAACAGCUGGAGCAAUGACAGAUUGUGGCGAAAAAAUCGUGCGAUUAACAGUGGCUCUGCCUGCGUCGGUGUUGAUCUCAAUCGCAACUUCCCGUCUGGUUUUGGUGGGGAAGGAUCCUCCAACCUACCUUGCUCAGAGACCCAUCAUGGAGUUUCAGCCUUGUCCGAGCCGGAGUCUCAGACUUUGGACGCUCUAAUUGCUGCUGAUCGUGGAAGGGUCAAGGCAGCCAUUUCUAUGCAUUCCUACUCCCAACUCUGGCUAUCAUCGUACUCUUAUUCAAGUGCUCUGCCGGUCGAGUACCCUGAAAUGAUGAAUGCCAUGAAAGCAGGCGUUGAUGCACUCGUUGCUACUUAUGGAACCCCUUACGAAUACGGUAGCACAGGCACCGUCCUUUACAUCGCAUCGGGCACUACUACGGAUCAUUAUUAUGAAAACGAAGGCGUUGUCCAUUCGUACACGAUUGAGCUCCGCGAUAAAGGACGGUACGGAUUUCAACUGCCGGCAUCACAAAUUGUAUCGACGGCCACUGAAACCUGGAACGGAAUCAAGGCGUUCAUGAAUGCUAUUUAAUUGACAAAAGGAGCAAAACUGUUGGACGGUGUUGAGUUGAACGAAUGCGACAUUGGAAAUUGAGGCUUAUGCAAUAAAAGAUUUAAUCGGGAAAUAAUAUACUCUGAAAUCGAA